AUGGCCUCCAUCCCUCCUGCCGCCAAACGCUUGGUUGUCCACGUCAAUCGCCAGAUCCGCCGGUACUCUGCGCCUGGCGAAGGCGCGAUACCUCCCGCAAAGCAGAGAUAUGUACCCACGUCAGGCACAUACCCCAAAGGCUUCUUAGCCUCGAGCGCCCAUGUGGGCGUCAAACCCUCAAAUACGCGUUUCGACGAUCUGGCUCUGCUAGCUUCGGAAACGCCAUGCUCGGGCGCGGCAGUCUUCACCCAGAACAAGUUCCAGGCAGCGCCAGUAACGCAGUCAAAGGAUAUGCUGAGGCGGAGGGGAGGAAGUGGGAUACGAGCGGUGGUCGUGAACUCUGGUUGCGCCAAUGCUGUGACAGGCAAAGGCGGCAUCGAGGAUGCGUGGAAAAUGGGUGAAGAGACCGACAAGUGCUUUCGGGAGGAGAGUCCAUCAGAUGACGGGAAAGGCUCUCGUACGAUCGUCAUGAGUACGGGGGUCAUAGGACAGCGCCUUCCUUUGCGAAAGAUCUUGCACAAAAUUCCUUCCGCAUACGAUGAUCUUGGCAACUCUCAUUCCCACUGGUUACGUGCAGCUCGCGCCAUCUGCACAACCGACACCUUCCCAAAGCUCCUGUCCCGUAAAUUCACCCUACCAUCCGCACCGGGUACCACAUACACUCUUGCCGGCAUGACCAAGGGUGCUGGCAUGAUACAUCCAAACAUGGCUACCCUCCUUGGCAUCAUCUGCACCGAUGCGCCUAUUGCGCCGGAGCCUCUCCAGUCCCUUUUGAGUGCAGCGAUAGACAAGUCAUUCAACAGCAUAUCGAUAGACGGCGACACGUCGACGAACGAUACGGUUGCCUUACUGGCGAACGGCGCUGCAGGCGGCGCCGAAAUCACCUCAGCUGCCAGCGCGGGAUACGCGGAGAUGCGGCAGACCCUCACAUCUUUCGCCGCAGAUCUCGCUCAACUCGUCGUCCGCGAUGGCGAAGGCGCAACGAAGUUCGUGACCAUCCGCGUGACGAACGCGGCGUCUUAUGCGGACGCCAAGCGUGUCGCAUCGACCAUUGCGCGCUCGCCUCUGGUCAAGACCGCACUCUACGGCAAGGACGCCAACUGGGGUCGCAUCUUAUGCGCCACGGGAUACGCAGAAGGCGUCUUAAGUGUUGUGCCGGAGCAGACGAGCGUCUCGUUCAUACCUACCGACGGGAGCGCGGAGCUGAAGCUGUUGGUGAGAGGGGAGCCGGAAGCGGUGGAUGAGGCUCGGGCUGCACAGAUACUUGAGGCGGAGGAUCUGGAGAUCCUGGUCCGGUUAAGUGAGACGAAGGGCGAGGAAGCGGUUUAUUGGACCUGUGACUUUAGUCAUGAGUACGUUACCAUCAACGGUGACUACCGGACAUAA